AUGCGAGCCAUUUCAGGUCGUAAGACAACACUAAAAAUGUUGAUGUUGACGGUUGUGAUGAGUAUGGUACGUAGUAUGUUUAUUAUCACUGCCAUGUUCCUCCUGGUCCUCUUUUACGCAUACGCCGGUGUUAUAUUAUUUGGUAUGGUCAAGUACGGACAAGCCGUUUCCAAACAUGUGAAUUUCCGGAACGCUAAGGAAGCCCUCGUUGUUCUGUUUCGAAGUGUUACUGGCGAGGAUUGGAACGAUAUCAUGCAUGAUUGCAUGGUAAGUAACGCUUACAAGAACACGAAAAUAAUACCGCCUCAUUUCUUUGAACAAUCCUACUUUGAAUGA